AUGGCCCCACCUGGCUGGGAUCAACCAGAACCUUUUCCACCCACCAACGGCACCGCUCCCCCUGGUCGUGGGUACGACGCCACCGAGCCCCCGAGCAUACCAGCUGACCACAGGUCCCGAGACCACGGCAGAAGGGAGCGCAGUAGACGACGCCGGGGCGGCGCGGACACUAGCAGUAGCAGUAGGAGCCGCUCUCAUGGUAGACGAGACAAGAGGCGGUCCAGGCGGGACAGGUCGAGGAGUGAACGACGAAAGUCUCGGAAGAGUGGCUGGGACGACUCCACUGAGCCUAGUGGGCAGCCUCAAAGCAACUUUAGUUCAUCAGCCUUGGGAGGGGCGGGACUUGACGCUUCCACUCUGCUGAUGCAACAGCAAGUACUCGCUGGUGGUGCUGGGCAAAAUAAGAAGGCUAAGGAGCUGUAUGUGGGCAAUCUGGCCAAGGGCCAAGCUAAUGUGGCCAACGUGAAGGAGUUCUUCAACACGGCAUUGACAGCUCUCCCCGAGUACCAGCACAAAUACGCCCACAUCCUCCCAGCUGGUUGCAUUCGUGAGGUCCGACUCUCCCCAUGCGGCCAAUACUGCUUUGUCGAGUUCGCCUCUGAGGAGAUAUGUCUCACUGCCUUGGAGUUUGAUCGAGUCGAGUUCCUAGGCCGUCAGCUAAGGAUCGCCAGACCAACCGGGUACACCCCUCUAGGGCCUCCCCCUGCCCCCAUGGACGUCAGCGUCCUCCGGGUCCAGGGUUUCCUCCCACAAAAGGCCAUGCCUGCCAACCCUCAGCAGGACAAACGACAGAGAGAGGCCUACGUUGGGAACCUGGCCUUGGGUGUGAUCACCCCACAGGUCCUAAAGGACCUUUUUGAGCCCGCGUGCAGCGUCCUGCCUGACUACAACUCCGCCUUGGGUCCGCCAGUGCUCGCUGCUGACGUCCGUGGGGAGGGAAGGUUCGCCUUCGUCGAGUUUCAGAACGACAGGCUGUGCAGUGCAGCCAUUGACAUCUUCAACGGCAUGGAGGUGUUGGGCCGUCGCAUAGUCGUGGGCCGCCCUCAGGGUUACGUCGAGCCCCCAGAGGGCGCCGCCAUCCCUUCUGGCCAGCGCUCUAACAUGCUGGCUUGGGAUAGCGGUCAGAGUUGGGGCAUGAACCAGGGAUGGGAUGCUGCUCCACAGGACUAUCGAGGACACCAACAACAACGACGUGGUUUCGAUGAUACAGGUUCCGCUGUUGCAGCAGGUGCGGAGGCCGCUCAGUCACUACUACACGGCUAUACGAGAUGA